AUGACUGAAAAUUGUCAAUUGCACGACACAACUGAAAUCGAUGAUCCUCAGACUCCGGAAUGCAAUUUUAAGAGCCCAUCUCCGUCAUCCAGUAAAUUAAGUAAAAAAAGAAAAUCAAAUGAUAAAGUGGAAGUGAUUGAGAACAAGAUGGAGGAAGCAUUUACAAUUUUAAAACAAAUUACACAAACUCCCGCCAAAAAUAAGAGUACACUCUUUACCGAUUUACUUCGUGCUAAAUUAGUAUCCUUAACAGGCCGUUCUGGUACGAAAAUUCAGCCGUAA